AGGCGCCGGCUGCCGCCGCUGGGGCGGGGCCGCGCAGGCGCAGCGCACACAAGCGCCGGUCGCGCCUCUGCCUUUCCUCUCUCCCGGCGCCAAGAUGGCGGAGUACGACCUGACCACCCGCAUCGCGCACUUCUUGGACCGGCACCUAGUCUUCCCGCUGCUGGAAUUCCUCUCCGUCAAGGAGAUAUACAAUGAAAAAGAGCUGCUCCAAGGAAAAUUGGAUCUACUUAGUGAUACUAACAUGGUGGAUUUUGCUAUGGAUGUGUACAAAAAUCUUUAUUCCGAUGAAAUUCCUCAUGCUUUGCGUGAGAAAAGAACAACUGUUGUUGCCCAGCUGAAGCAGCUGCAAGCUGAAACGGAGCCUAUUGUCAAGAUGUUUGAGGAUCCAGAGACUACCAGGCAAAUGCAAUCCACCAGAGAUGGUCGGAUGCUGUUUGACUAUUUAGCUGAGAAGCAUGGGUUUAGGCAGGAGUACCUAGAUACACUCUACAGGUAUGCAAAAUUCCAGUACGAGUGUGGUAACUACUCAGGAGCUGCAGAAUAUCUCUACUUCUUUAGGGUUCUGGUUCCAGCAACAGACAGAAAUGCUUUAAGCUCUCUUUGGGGAAAACUGGCAUCUGAAAUCCUGAUGCAGAAUUGGGAUGCAGCCAUGGAAGACCUCACAAGACUAAAGGAGACAAUAGAUAAUAAUUCUGUCAGCUCUCCGCUGCAGUCCCUUCAGCAAAGAACAUGGCUCAUCCACUGGUCUUUGUUCGUGUUUUUUAAUCAUCCUAAAGGGAGAGACAACAUCAUUGACCUUUUUCUCUAUCAGCCACAGUAUCUCAAUGCAAUUCAGACAAUGUGCCCGCAUAUCCUCAGAUAUUUGACUACUGCAGUCAUAACAAAUAAAGAUGUUCGUAAACGUAGGCAAGUGCUGAAAGAUCUAGUCAAGGUUAUUCAGCAGGAGUCCUACACAUACAGGGACCCUAUCACAGAGUUUGUGGAAUGCUUGUAUGUUAACUUUGAUUUUGAUGGAGCACAGAAGAAGCUGAGAGAGUGUGAAACAGUGCUUGUGAAUGAUUUCUUCUUAGUGGCGUGCCUUGAGGACUUCAUUGAGAAUGCCCGUCUCUUCAUAUUCGAGACUUUCUGUCGCAUCCAUCAGUGCAUCAGCAUUGGUAUGUUGGCAGAUAAACUGAAUAUGACUCCUGAAGAAGCAGAAAGAUGGAUUGUCAAUCUAAUUCGAAAUGCACGAUUAGAUGCCAAAUUGGAUUCAAAGCUGGGCCACGUAGUCAUGGGCAACAAUGCAGUCUCACCUUACCAACAAGUGAUUGAAAAGACCAAAAGCCUGUCUUUUCGUAGUCAGAUGUUGGCUAUGAACAUUGAGAAGAAACUGAAUCAGAGUGGUAGAUCUGAGGCACCUAACUGGGCUACUCAAGACUCUGGAUUCUAUUGAAACACUUCUACAGUGGGGACAUCUGUUUAUUUGAUUAAAAAGCACAUAAAUAUGUAACCUUUUUGAGAAAAGCAAUUAUGUGUUAGAGCUAAUGUUAUUUCAAUAAAAUUGGCUACUUUUAUCA